AGUACGGAGUACAUACGAUUACUCGUACAGUAGACGGCACGAGGCCAAUUGGCCCGCGAUGCCAUCCAUCAGAUCCUUUUCUGCGCUUCCUCUGCCAGCCUGCCUGCCCGCUGCCUUGCCGUUGGGCUACGUCGCACCGCAUUGCCUUGCGUCAAAGCGUGUGUGCGUUACGGUAGAGCCAUCGCCCAAUAGGGAUCUUGAUCCGUCCGCCAUCUGUCGCCUACUCCGACGUGAGGCUGUACAAGAUGCUCGCCCUUUGGACCGACUCGACUCGAGCUUCAAACUGCUUGCUCCUGCCAGCCCAUGCGGCCGCUGAAAUUACCAUCAUGCUCGUCCGCCUGAUAGCUGCACAGUACGCGCCACUGGCCCGUGUAACUUAGCAGGUCUGCGGAGGCGCUUGAUCGGGGAUGCAAUUAA